AAAAAAUAAAAACUAUUUUCUGGUGAAGCUUUCUAAGCUUGAAACAAUUAAAAUCUUUUCAACAUUUUACCGUUACAAUUGGAUAAUAAAAUUUCACCAUCACCGAUGGAUAUGGCUGCCAAUGAUAUUAUGGCACCCAGUGUCAAUGCAAAUUGUCAAUACUCAACAAGAUAUUGCUGGGAAGCCGAAAAGGUCAAAUCACUUAUCAGGCUAAGAGCUGAACUCUCUCCUUUAUUCACAGGCAAGCGUAAUGCCUCUAAAUAUGCUUGGGCUGUUGUUGAACGCGAGCUCAAUGUUCCUUUACCGCUAUCGAAAAUUAUUAAAAAAUGGAAUAAUCUGUUGCAAGAGUACAAGGCUAUUAAAAUGUCCGAAGAACCUAAACGUCGCGAAUGGCCGUUUUUCACUUUAAUGGAUGUUUAUUUUAGCGAUCAAGUAAACGAUCCUUCGUUACGUUUAUUCUCAUCAACAAAAACUCUUAAGGAGACGAUCGAUGACAGCGUCUUUGAGGAUGAUCCCAUUAUAGCAUCCGCUAUAGCAGCGGCCAGUUCGGGAGCCUAUAUGAAUAUUGAAGAGUUGGUUCGACGUCAAAAGGAGAGAGCUGAAAAGAAAUUUACAAUGAGUGAUUAUAAAUAUGAUAUUAAGCCUAUGCUAGCUAAUAGUAAUAAGUUCAAUAGCAGCGAGACUAUUAAACUAUCAAAAAGUGUAGAUGACCUGAGUAUGCAACAGUACAAAAUUAAAGACGAAUUUUUGCGUCAACGUGAACACGAGCAACAAGAGAAUCUAAAUAAGCUCAAACAACAAGCUAAACAACACCAACAGCAACAGCAGCAACAGCAGCAACAUCAACAUCAACAUCAACAACAGCAACUACAACACAAUCUAAUUCACUCACCAGCACAUAUAUCACCGAACCAAGCACAGCAGCCGCAACAUCAACUACCGCCACCGCCGCCACCCACGCCGCCCACAACCGCACAGCAAAUACAUUUACAAACCGCUCAACAUCAAGCUGCUCAACAGCAAUUGCUGCAUCAACAGCAGCAGCAACUGCAACAUCAACUUACCGAUCCCAACACUAUUGAUCAGUAUUUGCUGUCUUGGAAUAAUUUUCACGGUAAUAUGUGUCGCGGCUUCCAUACACUGCAAAAAGAUGAAAAAAUGGUUGACGUUACCAUAGCAGCCGGAGGCAAAAUCUUCAAAGCCCAUAAAUUGGUUUUAUCCGUUUGCAGUCCAUACUUUCAACAAAUCUUCCUCGAGAAUCCUUCCAGUCAUCCCAUACUAUUAAUGGCAGAUGUCGAGGCUAAUCAUAUGGCUGGAUUAUUGGAUUUCAUGUACAGCGGUCAGGUUAAUGUUAAAUUCGAAGAUCUUCCAGUAUUCCUUAAGGUCGCUGAAGCUAUGAAAAUCAAAGGUUUACAUACUGAGAAAAAUUUUGAUGAUGAUAAUAAGGAUAUCAGUUCAACGCACGAGAGUGAGUCUUCUGCUAAUACAACCACCGGGACCACCGAAUGCCAUUUCGAUCGAUCAACCCACAGCGUUAAUAUUACCGGUCAAACUUACGAUACCCGAAAAUCGAUACUCGAUCUUAAUAUAAAUGGUUCAUCACACGCCGCCAACGGUAGCAAUAGUAUACUUAUGCAACCGGGUUUCCCCAGUUUUCGCGAUCACAUUAAAUCGAAAAGUACACUAACGGAGACUUUUAUGAAAAAUCUUAGUCGCAAUAACAAUAAUAAUAACAACAAUAUGAACGAGUGCAGCAGCAGCAGCAACAGCAAUUACAAUCAUUUACCGAAUAGCAAUAGCGUGAAUGAUCAUCUCAAAGGGAAUAAUUAUUCUAUAUUACAGGCGAAUAGUAAAAAAAUGUUAGACUCGACACGUAAACAACAUAAAUAUUUGGCCAAACGUCGAAUAUUAAUGCAUUAUAAUGAGGAGUUAAAUGAAAAGCGUUUCAAAGAAAUGGAACGCUAUGGCCUCGAUCAGGAAAGUGGCGGCAAUAAACCUAAUACAGAGGUUGCCAUCCGUCAGGAAGCCAUAUUACCGCAACCGCAUAAUAAUUUCAAGAUACGUUUGAUGGAAAAUCAUUUGAAUACAAAUACGAACGCGAAUGCGAACGCGAAUGCGAAUACGAGCACGAAUACGCAUACGAAUACGAAUGUGAGUGCGAACGAACAGCGUGAUACUGCGACUACUAUAAAUGAUGACGAAGAGGAAGCUUUGAAUUUGGUACAGAAUAACAAUAAUAAUAACAACAAUAAUAGUAGUAAUAAUAGUAGUAAUAAUAAUGGCGGAGCUCAUGAUUUUAACAAAUCAGAAGUGAAAUUAUUGCGAGACUUGAAGGGUGCAACCGAUACAAUUGCAGAAGGUGAUCGUAUGGAUCAAAGCUCGGAAAUGGACAAUAGUAAUCAUGGCGGUGGUCUUAGAAGAAACGAUAAUAAUAAUGAUAAUGAUAAUGAUAAUGAUAAUGAUGAUGAUGAUGAUGAUGAUGAUGAUAAUAAUAAAAAGCAUAAAAACACAGCUCUAAUAAAUGCCAUCAAUCGUAAAGUGCAACACGAGACGAAUCCUACAGAAUAUCAUACUCAAAUUCAAAUUCACACCCAAAACGACGAACCAGAAACACAAAGAAAACAACAAGAACAACACGAUUGUGAGUCACCGUCCUAUCAUCAUCAUAGCAUUCAACAGCAUUCGCAUCCGAAUCUACAUCAUCAUCAUCACUAUCAGCAUCAUCAACGUGAACAUCUGCAUCAUCAUACGAAUGCCGGAUUCGGCGGUCAUUGUCCGAAUGAGCCAGAAAGCGAUGAAAGAGCUGGCAAUAAUAAUAAUAAUAACAACAACAACAAUAAUAAUAAUAAUAAUAAUGAUAAUAACAAUAACAACAACAACAGCAGCAAUCAUCAGUUGGACUUGAGUACAGUGAAAAGUAUAGCGACAGCGGAAAUAUUAUGUGGUCUUAAGAGUAAAGUUUUCAAAAUGGAAGAAAUCGACUCCAGAGAAACGGUUGCUUCAACAGCAGCCAGUACCACUUGUCGAAAUCUCAAUGAAAUCAAAAAUGCCGAAUGACAAAUGAAACGAAUCAUAAAACGAUAAUUUUCUUCCUCUUUUUCCUUUUUUUGUUUUUGCUUUUGUAUAAAAAGUAAUAACGAACACGACAAAAACGAUCGCGUUUAAAAGGGGCGGGCGGGAUGAUGACGGGUUGACGGAAUGAGGGGAUGAAGGGAUCAGGGGAUCAGGGAGAGGGAAAAAGGGAACAUGUAUUAGCCAAGAUGAGGCUAAAUAGGAUUGAUUGUGUAAGCGUUUAGCCGGCUAAGCGAACUUGAAUGCGAACUUUCA